AUGUCUAACAUAAGAAGAGAGAUCUGCGCAAAUCAAUCUUCAAAAGUAGUAUGCAUUAGUAGAAAAAGAAAGUCCCCUAAUGGAUUCGCUCUUUAUUUCAAAAUGGAUAGAAGUAAACUAAAAGAAAAAUUUCCAAAUUAUAGCCCUCAGGAAAUUAUGAAGGAAGCUGGUAGAAGUUGGAAGAAAUUACCGCAAACACUAAGAAAUUCUUUUACAAUGUAUGCUAUGAAUGAUAGCUCCUUACGACAUUAUGGCCGGCCAACACCACAACCCCUAUCACCACUCCCACCCCCAUAUACACCAUUAACUACCGUCUUCGAUUAUAAAGAUUGUUGUCAUCCGGAUGAUAAAAUGUUUGAUGAACUUAUAAAUCCGGAAUCAUAUACGCCUUAG